AUGAAAAUCAGAUCAGGCAUUCUGCCUCGCUUGAAGCAGUUGAAGCAUCCAGAGGAGUUCAUCGUGGACGAUCAGAAUCGUUGUGAUGUCACGCUACGUUCGUUCAUUCCAUGGCAAAGAAUGCACGUCCUGCUGGGGUUGAAGCUUCCAAAGGAAUUCAUCGUGGAGGAUGUCAGGCUACGACUGGCACCAGUUUUGGAGGACAACGUAGGAACCGAGCCGCAUUCAACAUUCUGCCUUUGUCGAAUGGACGACGGCAUUCAACAUUCUGCCUUUGUCGAAUGGACGAAAAAUGAUGAGAGGUGGGUUGUGGCGGGCGUCAGCACGUUUCACAUGGUCGUCUCAUGA